AUGACAGUGCCACGGCGGGAGCACGAAACGGACGCGGGCUCCGUGAGCGCACGUGAAAGAAACAGCACCGAAGCACCUCACGGCCGACCCACAGCGCUGGGGGACCGAUUCCGACGUUACUCGUCUUUCUCGCAGCGGCCUCGCAGCGCUGUUGUUGACGAGGAGCAGAGCCAUGACGAUCUGCCAAUAGACACCCCAGUCGACAUGUCCGCGAAUCCAUCCCGCUCCCUCGCUGAUCAGUUCCGUCACCUCGAGGUCGACUCGUCACGCUCGACUGCGCCGUCGCCCUCGUCGCUCCGUCCCGUCAGCACCCCCAGCCAGCAUGCCAGCGCCAUGGCAGAGCUGCUCCCCGCUGACGAUGGCAUGGCCCAUCUCCGCGAGCGCAUCCACGAGAUCCGCGCCCUGAACAUAUCCGACCAGGAACGCGCCCGCAUGAUCCACAAUCUCAUGACGGAGAAGUACAACCACAUGCGCCCGACGUCCCCCGCGAGCUUCAUAUCACACGACCGCCCCUUCACCCCUACCUCCGGCCAGUCCCUCUUCUCCGAUGUCCAUGCGUCAUCGCCCUACUCGUCCACGACGGACGUGACCCCCGAGAUCUCGUACAAUCUUCGCGAGGGCGACACGAACCCCACGUAUCGGCCACAUCACAACCACGGCGCAGAGCACGGCGAAGACGAGGAGGAGGACAGCGCGGAAGGGGAGCUUGUUCUCGGCUGCCAGCAUUACAAACGCAACGUCAAAGUACAAUGCUUCGAAUGCCGCCGUUGGUACACGUGCCGACACUGCCACGAUGCGGUCGAGGACCAUAACCUGAAUAGGAAGCUGACACAGAACAUGCUGUGUAUGGCAUGCGGUACGCCCCAGCCUGCAGCCGAGGUGUGCAAGAACUGUGAGACUGAAGCUGCAUGCUAUUAUUGUGACAUUUGUAAGCUUUGGGACAACAACAGCAAGAAGAAGAUUUACCACUGCCCAGAUUGUGGUAUCUGCCGGCGAGGAGAGGGUCUGGGCAAAGACUUCUAUCACUGCAAGGUAUGA